CUGUUGUCGUACGCCACCUCCUCCAACUUCCUGUUCACCACCAUGUCCGAGUCGGAGCGCUCCGAUGUGUUCAUGUUGUUCGAGCGCUACCCCGUCAAGGCGGGGGAUGUCGUGGUACGGCAAGCGGAGCCAGGGGAUUACUUUUACGUGGUCGAGUCCGGCCAGUACGACGUGUUCGUACAGUCGGGCAUGGAUCCGCCGUUGCUCGUACACACGUACAGCAGUGCCUCGGGGCAACCGGUACUCCGGCUGUACGCGGGCCAGUACUUCGGGGAGCGGGCUCUGCUGACCAGCGCCAAGCGGGCCGCCAACGUGGUAGCCAGUGGCCGGGUGACGCUGCUGGCGAUAAGCAGGAGCCGGUUCGAGUCCGCGCUAGGACCACUGCAGGACGGUGUCUCCUCGACUGUUGAAGUCGUCUGGGGAGGCCGUGUGGGCGUUUAG